AUGGGUUGGAUGACCAGUGUCUGUUUGUGGUACGGCAAUAAUUACACAAUAAAUGUGGAUCAAUUGAUGGACUGUUUGGACAAAUGUGGCGUAAAAUUAGAUGAAAUCCGGAAACAGAAUCACUCGGAAAUCGAGAAAAGGAGGCGCGAAAAAAUGAACAUGCUCAUUAGGGAGUUGGCCAGACUGGUGCCCAUGUGUUCAGCCAUACCCGCUAAUAGGAAAUUGGAUAAACUAACGGUGCUUCGCAUGACUGUUCAACAUAUUAAGGCUAUUAGAAAGCGCGCCGCCAUUGCAGACGCCAUGACUCCGACCCCCAGUUUUGUGUCCGACGAUUGUGUCGACAAAAUGCUAUUACAGGAAACCACAAAUACAGUGACGGAGGGAUUCCUAUUUGUGGUAAGCUGUGACCGGGGUAAAAUACUAUAUGUCUCGGACAGUGUUAAACAGACUCUUAAUUACAAUCAGCGAGACCUGUUGGGCAUGAGUUGGUUCGAUGUCCUGCACCACAAAGACAUACCUAAAGUAAAGGAACAGUUGUCUCUCUGGGAGUCGUUUAAUGGCGUAAAAGAGAAACAUAUUGACGACAAGAUGUCAGACACUGAUAACAUGGAAGGACAGGCAGCUAAUAACGUGAGCCCUACUAUCGAGUCGUGUCCGGGCAGUAGGCGUUCAUUCUUCUGUCGCAUGAAAUACAAGUUUCACAUCAAUCGCAACGAUGGGAAAGGCAUUCGAGGGUUGGCUAAUAAAAAGAGGCAACGGAUUAACAUAAUGAACGACAAAUACUGCGAUCUCUAUUGCAUGGGUUAUCUCAAGUCGUGGACCACUCAGGAGGGUCAGCCAUCAUCACCUACCUGUGCGGCCACAUCCCAGUCCACUAGUGAUGAAAAUGGUGCUAAAGUGUGCCAAUCGAGUGUCAGUAGUCAUACGGGAUGUCUGGUGGCGAUGGCGAGGGUUAUGCCGCAGACCGAUAGACAACAUCACGUGUCCGAUAAGAUAUUUCCCGUCAAACCCAUUGAGUACACCUCAAGACAUAGCAUGGAUGGCAUGUAUUUGUUUGUGGACCAGAGAGUGACACCACUAUUGGGUUAUUUACCACAAGAACUAUUGGGCACUUCGUGUUACGAUUACUGUCAUCCGGACGAUGUGCUAACACUGGCUGAGAGUCAUCGCACCGCACUACAUCAGCAAAACGUGAGCAAGAAUUCGCUGCCCUACCGGUUCCGAACCAAAUUAGGGACGUAUCUCUAUUUAACCACUUUGUGGAAGACAUUCAAGAAUCCAUGGACUCGUGAGUUCGAGUACAUGAUCGCCAUCAGCGAGAACGUGGCCACACCUGACGACAAGACAUCCCUGUGCUCUACGACAGCACCUAAAGAAGAGACAACUAAUCUAAGUCAUCGUAAGUCUGAGGCAAAGAAUGUUUAUAGCAGCCAAAAAAUACAAUACUUCAUUUGA